AUGGAUGUAUAUGAAGAGGACUAUCGUUUACCGACGAACGUCAGGCCGACGCAUUACGAUCUGACAGUCAAGACUGAUCUGAAGUUGCUCAGAUUUGAUGGCAUUGUGCGAAUAUGGCUGAAUGUCAUAGAGGACACCUCGGCAAUUAUUUUGAAUUCUAGCGACCAUGAAAUCGGCAGUGCAACUCUGCAGUGCGACGCCCUCCUCACCGCACAAUCGCCGACAUCACAAACAAUUGACACGACUCAUGAGCGCGCUGUUUUUUUAUUCUCCAUACCGUUGCCCGCCGGCUCGAAAGCACAGCUAACUUUGACUUUCACCGGGGCACUCACCGAUUCCCUGUGUGGGUACUACCGCUCAAUUAGUGCUUCUGAAGAUCUAUCUACACCUGUUGCCGCUCGGAAGGCAUUCCCGUGCUGGGAUGAACCUCUGCUCAAGGCUUCCUUUACCAUCAGCCUUGUAUCUCGGGCAGACACUGUAAACCUGAGCAACAUGUCCGUUGCUUCAGAGAUCGUGUUGUCGCAUGGAGCUGCCAUUUCGACCAGCGCUGGCUUUGAUACUGCCUGGAUUUCAGAGAAACUAUUAACUGAUGGUACUGCGAACGCUGAUAAAUGGAAGGUAACACGAUUUGAGACCAGCCCCCUUAUGUCUACAUACUUUGUCGCCUAUGCAAAUGGCGAGUUUUCUUACUUGGAAAGCUCUUAUACGAGUCCCCUCAGCGGAAGAACACGUUCAGUGCGCGUCUAUGCUACGCGAGACAUUGUCCACCAAGCUCAAUUUGUGCUGGAUCUUACAGUGAAAGUCAUCCCGCUAUAUGAAAAGGUGUUUGACAUCGAAUAUCCUUUGCCGAAGUUGGAUACACUAGUCGCAAGCGUUCCGUACCUGUCAGAUCCAUAUGCUUAUGCUAAAGGAGUAUUUCCUGAAUGGAAGCUGCAUUCCACGUUCAUAUCGACCUUCCUCCAGAGUGCCCUCUUGCUUGAUGCCAGAUUAUCAUCCCACGCAAUCGAGGUCCCCUAUCCCGAUGCCAAUAUGAUCGGUCAGAUUUUUGAUGCUUUAUCGUACGAGAAGGCAGCAUCAGUUUUGCGCAUGUUAUCGCACUAUGUUGGAGAAGAGCAUUUCCUCCGCGGCGUCUCGAUGUACCUCAAGAGCCAUUUGUAUGGCAACAGUGUCACGGAGGACUUGUGGGAGGGUAUCAGUACGGCCACAGGCUUGGACAUCAAUAAGAUGAUGAACAAUUGGGUUAAAGAGAUGGGCUUCCCAGUUGUUACCGUGACUGAAACACACAACGGCAUUCAUGUUCGCCAGGACCGAUUCCUGGCGUCCGGUCUGGCCGAGCCUGACGAAAAUGAUACCAUAUGGACGAUUCCUCUAUUCCUUCUGACUGUAUCGGCCGAUGGAACAGUCUCAGUUGACGAGGAAAUAGUGUUAGAUGAACGCGAGAAGAUCAUCGCUCUCGAUAUAACCAAGCCCUUCAAGCUCAACGCAGGAACACUUGGCUUCUAUCGCGUUCUUUACUCUCCAGACAGAUUGGUUCAAAUGGCUUUGGAAGCAGUGAAACCCUCAUCCCCGUUCUCCACAGAAGAUCGUAUGGGUAUCAUAUAUGACGCAGUCGCCCUUUCCCGUGCUGGGCUCAUAGAUGUUAGUAGCGCAUUGUCAUCAAUAUAUGUCUUCCGGAAUGAAACGGAUUAUCUCGUCUUGGAGGGCAUAUCUUCCUGCCUUUACCAGCUCAUCUCCGUUUGGUGGGAAUAUCCGCUUAUUGUCGAUUCUUUGAAUGAAUUACGCCGUGAAAUUUUCUCCCCAAUUGUGCAAUAUCUUGGAUACGACUAUAUGGAGACUGAAUUGUUGGACAUACAUCAACUGCGAACGUUGGCCAUCAGUCAUGCUGCAGCUGCAGGAGAUCAAGAAGUAAUUCAAACAAGUAUCAAUUGGUUCGCCCGCUACAUGCAAUCUGGCGACGAUUCGCAUAUACGGGGGGACUUGGAAGCUGUGGUAUUUGCGACGGCUGUUGAGUACGGUUCUCAUACCGAAUGGGAAGCUGUCAAGCAGAUUUCCUUGAAGCCGAAAAGCCCGUCCUCUGGAAUGGCUGCCAUGCGUGCGAUGUGUGCAACACAGGACUUAGCCCUGGCUAGAGAGACAGUCAACUAUGCAUUUCACAAAGCACGCGACCAGGAUAUAACAUACUGCUUCGCUGGACUGGAAAAGAACUUCAAAACUAGAAAACUCUUGGCGACCGCUUUCAUGGAGAACUUCAGCAAUGUCCACAAUAAGUUCGCCAGCAGUUAUAUGUUUAGGUUCCUUAUCGAGUCUGCGUUUGGGUCACUCUCGUCAAGACAAGACUACAAUGACAUUGAUGCUUUUUUUCGGGACAAGGACGUCUCAAAGAUCAGCCUACAGCUUAAACAGAAUUUAGACAACAUACAAUCAAACGCGGCCUGGGUCGAGCGAUCUACAGCUGACCUCAGACAAUGGUUUUUGGAGCGAAAGUAG